AUGACGACAAUGAAGGUGGCGCUUUUGGUAUUAUGCCUGAUGUCUAUGAUAGCGGUGACCAUACAAUUAAAGUACACUUGUAACGUAAACCCUUACUCAAAUGGCUGCAGUGUGCCGAAGGGUGUUAAAAUCGAGUUCAAAGGGAGGUUCAAGCCUGCCUGUAACAAACACGACAUAUGUUAUCGCUGUUUUCGGAGGUUUGGCCUUUCACGACUCCAGUGCGACAGAAGAUUUAAGAAAAACAUGAAAAAGAUAUGUGGAACCCUCAAAGCAAAGAAUGCAAUUGCUAAAUUCUUUAAACGAGAGUCCUGUAAAAAGCACGCUGAUAUCUACUUUGCGGCAGUAAGGGUUGGAGGAGGCAAGUCCGUCUCAAAGAGGACACCAAGUUGGUGUCGACAAAAGUGGGUCAAACCAUGCAUGAAGUGA